CAGUUGUAUAAGGUCAGACCUUAAUUUAACUACCAACUGUGUAGUUAAUUUUAGAAAUACCACAUGACCCAACCGCUCACAAGGCCUAUGCCUGGAUGUUUGAAAUUCAGGGCCCAAUGAAACAAUGGCAAGAUUUUGAAAAGCUCAUUAACAUAUGCCCCUAAAAUGGAAGGAAAUGAGGACUCUGAUGAAGACCACCUCACUGGUUUCGCAGUUCAAUUUAGCAUCCAGGAGUCCCUUGAAAGUGAAAGGAAUCGGCAAACGUCUUCCCCCAAUCAUGAAGCAAGGUUUUUACCAGUCAGUGAUCAAAACAGGAAACUUGUAGCUGCCAUAAGAGAAGGCCAAGUAUUUGAUCUGCAAAACUAUGUGAAAUACAAAUAUGCUUUGGAUGAGGCUGAUGAGAGAGGUUGGUUUCCUAUACAUGAAGCUGCCAUGCAGCCAAUUCAGCAAAUACUUGAAGUAAUAUUGGAUGCGUCUUAUAAAUCGAUGUGGGAAUAUAAAACGUGUGAUGGAGAGACACCGUUAACUUUGGCAGCCAAAUCCGGCCAUGUGGAGAAUGUCAGGACGCUAUUAGCAAAAGGAGUCUGGCCCAAUACCACUAAUAGAAAAGGAGAAACUCCUCUUCUGAUAGCAGUAAGACAGGGCUCCUAUGAAAUGGCUUCCACUCUGAUUGAAUACAACUGCACCAUCAAUCAGCCAUGUGUAAAACGAUGGUCAGCUAUGCAUGAAGCGGCAAAACAGGGUCGCAAUGACAUUGUCGUUCUUCUUCUCAAGAAUGGUGGGAACGUACACCUGAGAGAUGGAUAUGGGGUAACUCCAUUAGGCGCAGCGGCUGAAUAUGGUCACUGUGAUGUGCUGGAGCAUCUAAUUCAUAAAGGUGGCGAUGUUUCUGCUACAGCAGACGAUGGCUCGUCCAUACUCUUCGAUGCAGCUGGAGGUGGUAAUCCAGACUGUAUAGCUUUGCUGUUGGAAUAUGGGGGAAGUGGUAAUUUGCCCACUAAGGCAGGACACCUCCCUAUACACAGAGCAGCCUACGAAGGGCAUUAUCUGGCCUUGAAAUUCCUUAUUCCAGUUACGUCCAAAACUGCAAUCAAGAAAAGUGGACAGAGUCCCCUUCACUCUGCGGCGGAGGGCCAAAACCCACAGUGCCUAAGCCUUCUAAUUGAAAAUGACUUCGAUGUCAAUGCCCUCCUGGCAGAAUACAUUUCGCAAAGUUACGAUGACGAGAGGAAGACAGCGCUCUAUUUUGCGGUUUCCAACAACGACAUUCUCUCAACGGAGGUGUUAUUGCAAGCUGGCGCAGACCCAAAUAAAGACCCCCUCAACUGUCUUCUUGUGGCAGUGAGAGCUGGCAAUCACGAAAUUGUCAGGUUGCUUCUUUCUUAUGGAGCAAAUGUCAACUGCUACUUUAACCUUGUGAAUGACACCCAUUUUCCCAGCGCCAUUCAGUAUGCCUUGAAUGAUGAGGUAAUGCUAAGGAUGCUGCUGAACCACGGAUAUGAUGUGGAACUGUGUUUUGACUGCAUGCAUGGGGACAUCUUUGGGAAUUCUUUUGUGUGGUCAACUCCGGAGGAAGAAGUGUUACCAGGGUGGACAUCAUGUGUGAUUAAAGACAAUCCAUUCUGUGACUUUAUGACUGUUUCUUGGAUGAAACAUUUAGUAGGAUCCGUUGUUCGUAUUUUGGUGGAUUACAUGGAUUACGUUCCUCUGUGCCCAAAACUUAGGUUUGUCUUGGAGACCCAGAAGGAAUGGGCAGAGAUCCAACAAAUAUUAGAGAGUCCUCGUCCACUAAAGCACUUGUGCCGCCUGAAAAUACGUAAAUAUAUAGGACCAGAGAGGACACGGAAGCUGCUGUCAAUGAAGAAGCUUCCUCUUCCACCAGUUCUUAAAGCAUAUAUCCUAUACAAAGAUUAUGAUCUUUAUGGAAGGGAGCUCCAUUUGGCAUGAUUGCCAGAAUUGCUGACACUUCCACUUUGCUGUUAGACCUAACUUAACAUGCUUUGGAGUUACCGUGCUGAGGAUCAAGGUGUCAAAAUGGUAACCUUCAUGGAUGGAUCCAAGGUGCCCUUCCUACUUGAGCGCUGCAUCAGAAAAUUGAAACCAAAUGCAAAAGAUGUUCUCUCCAAGUGCGCAAUCGUAAGCAUGAAAAAUGCUAUCCAACAUGACCUAUGAGUGAACUGGGUGAACUCUUGCACAAACUCUUAAGCAUUUGCCAAACAGCUCUAGUAGCUGUUUUCCUUCGGCUCAUGGUUCCAACACUCACACAUGUGCACUCGUACAAAGAAGGAACUGCCUUUCUCAAUACAUAUCACAAUUAAAUUCCUGAUAUUCUAAUUUGAAUAUACAUGCUACAAUGUUCGCUGUGUGUGUGUGUGUGCACAUGUAAAACCUGGCAACGUUAAGGAGAUUGUAACUGUUACCUAGCCCUUUUUGUAUGGCGGUAAGAAAUCCAAAAAAUGCACAUCAGGGGUCUUGUCUAUCAGUUCAAC